AUGCAGACACUGCGAAUGCACACCUGUCAACUCUUCGACGAGGGCGGGCAGGUGAUGCUCGACCUUAUGAGGAACUCCAGCUUGCGGACCGUAGACCUACAAAAUAAUAUCAUAGAAUUCGUCACAUGCCAGGCCAUUUUGGAGGUUGCAGAGGAGAAGGCGAUUGAUGUCGACCUGGACGGUAACGAAGUAUUUGACGAGGUAAUAAACGCGAGCACGCAUGGGAUUGGCGUGGGCUUGGGCAUAGCUGGCAUGGUCAUGCUGCUCCUGAAGGUAAAGGACAAACCUUCCUACUAUAAGUGCUCGAUUGCAAUAUAUAGCACAUCUGCGACUAUGCUGUAUCUGUUCUCGACGCUCUAUCAUUCGUUCUUCUCGUUGGGGCGGACAACGGUCGAGAUUUUUCGGACUCUAGACUAUUUGAGAUGGGACGGUCGGCUUGUGGGAUAUUCUUAUUGA